UUUGAAAACCUAGCUCCUGUCUUGGAUUAGAUCAGAUAUAAGCCCAUUAUUAGUAUUUUCUUUUGCUUGGGCUCCAUAGGCUAUAGGCUUACUAUCUGACAUCUGUGGUCGAUUGGGAAUUUGGGCCAACUUUAAGGAUCCAAGCACCCAGAUCCGGAUUCGGCUAAAUUUACCCCGACUUGCCCUGUUUUGCCAACCAGGUGAGGUCUAGGCUGCUCUCCUCUAUCUCUCUGGUUUCUGCUGAUCUGCUCCGCCUCCGCACGACUGCAAGAACUGCCGCUGUCGCCUUCUGCGACCUCUUUCUUCCGUCUCCUUCGGCUAUUCUAUCUACCUGUAGUGUUGCCUCCCUCUCUGUCGCACAAAGGGGUUUUUCCUGUUUGCAGUUCCAAUCGUGAUGCGUGGUUUAGCAGCUAGGAUCAACUACUAUUUGUGCAGAAGAAGACCUGUAAAUGUUCGAUCACGCCAGUAUUCGUCAUCAUAUCACGAAAGAGGUUUUCCAGAUGAACGAGCCAUGGAGGAGGAAGCAGAAAAAAAAUUCGGAUGGCUUUUCAAACUUCUCUUUAUUGGAACUGCAACAAUCGGUGGAUACCAUAUCUUUCCAUACUUGGGUGAUAAUCUGAUACACCAGUCUGUGUCACUUCUAAAUGUCAAGGACCCACUAUUUAAAAGAAUGGGGGCAUCAAGAUUAGCUCGUUUUGCAACAGAUGAUGAAAGAAGAAUGAAAAUUGUGGAGUUGGGUGGGGCCCAACAGCUUGUGGAUAUGUUGGGUGGUGCUAAAGAUGAUAGCACACGUAAAGAAGCUUUGAAUGCUAUUAUUGCCAUUGCUCGUUCUGAUGAAGCUGUUGGGGCUCUGCAUAGUGCUGGAGCAAUCUCAGUCAUCAUGGGUACUCCACUAUCCAGUGAAGAUGCUGAAAUCGAGAAAUUUAAAGUGAAAUUGCUGAAAAGAUUUAGAGAUCUGAGAUACGAUGAAAGCUCAUCUUGAUAUUAAGCUACUUUUGUUGAAUGGUUGAUUAGAACUAAAUAGAGUAUAAGACUAGACAAAAGCUGUAAGGCCAUUUAAGGUUACUAGCUUUCAUAAGUUAUCAAUUCCGUAUGGUGUAUUUUCCCAUCAUCAAGAUCUGUGGUAUGAUCUGAGAACUAAUUUUUGAUCUUUGUGUGUUUUUUUUUUUUUUUUUUUCUCCAUAUACUUCUUUCUAAUGUUUUCAAUU